AUAGAAUGCCAUCUAGUAUAACAUAUCUUUAGAUCUUACGUGUCUACGAAUGUCACUUUGUCAAAAAAUCUAACCAGACUUUAAAACUUAAAAAAAAAAUUUCAUUUAGUGUGUGCUGUGCUACGAAAUGGCAAGUCAGAAUUACUUAAGUGAUCCAAAAAAUCCAUUUUUCUCUUUCGAAGAUGACAUCGAUGAUGAAACGUUUCUAAAAAGUGCACCAUCGAGAUCUUCUACUCGUAUGACUUACAAUCAUUAUAGUAAUUCUGACAACGAAUUCGAACAAAAACGUCAACAAUUAUUUCAACGAAAAAAAGAAAUAGAAGAACGUACAAUACAAUCAACAGAAAGAUCUAUUUCUUUAUUAAGAGAUUCUGAACAAAUUGGAGCUGCUACUGCAGAGGAACUCAUUAGACAGAGAGAACAAUUGGAAAGAACAGAAAAAAGAUUAGAUGAUAUCAAUAGUACAUUAAGAUUUAGUCAAAAACAUAUCCAAGGAAUAAAAAGUGUAUUUGGAAGUCUUAAAAAUUAUCUCAGUGGUAAAUCAAUGGAUGCACCAAUACCAUCAACAAUAUUAUCAGAAUCUUCUAGUUCAGAAUCUAUGGCAUCUCCUGCUUUAUCUAAUUCUUUAGAACAAGUACAGACUAAUAUAGUUAAUACAAGUUCAGCAUUAAAAUUACGUGGCAUAGAUGAUGUAGAGAGUACAAAUCGUUUAAGUAAUAAUGUGAAUAAAAUAUUAGAAAAAAAUUUAGAUGAAAUGAGUGGUUCAUUAGCUAGAUUGAAAGGUUUAGCAAUAGGAUUAUCAGAAGAAAUAGAUUUACAAAAUGAUUUGAUUGAUAACAUAACAGAUAAAGCAGAAAAGACAGAUAUUAUGCUUCAGAAACAAAACAAAGAUCUUACUCAUUUGUUGAAGAAAUAAAUAAUAAUACAAGAAAAAAAAUAAAA